GUCUCAUUAGGUGGUGUUGAUCUUACAGUGCGGGUCCUCACAACAGGUUACUGGCCUACUCAGUCAGCCACACCAAAGUGCAACAUCCCUCCAGCUCCCAGGCAUGCUUUUGAAAUAUUUAGAAGGUUUUAUUUAGCCAAACAUAGUGGGCGACAGCUGACACUCCAGCAUCAUAUGGGUUCUGCAGAUCUCAAUGCCACUUUCUACGGACCUGUUAAAAAGGAAGAUGGCUCAGAGGUUGGUGUAGGAGGUGCCCAAGUAACUGGCUCAAAUACACGGAAGCAUAUAUUGCAAGUCUCCACUUUCCAGAUGACGAUAUUAAUGCUCUUUAACAACAGAGAAAAAUAUACAUUUGAGGAAAUUCAACAAGAAACUGAUAUUCCAGAAAGAGAACUGGUUAGAGCCCUACAGUCCCUUGCAUGUGGCAAACCAACACAACGUGUUCUCACAAAAGAGCCUAAAUCAAAAGAAAUAGAAAAUGGACAUAUAUUUACAGUGAACGAUCAGUUCACAUCUAAACUACACAGAGUCAAGAUUCAGACGGUUGCUGCCAAACAAGGAGAAUCUGAUCCAGAAAGGAAAGAAACGAGGCAGAAAGUAGAUGAUGACAGAAAACAUGAGAUAGAAGCUGCUAUAGUUCGGAUAAUGAAAUCUAGGAAGAAGAUGCAACACAAUGUGCUAGUAGCAGAGGUAACUCAGCAGCUGAAGGCCCGAUUCUUACCAAGUCCAGUUGUUAUUAAAAAACGUAUUGAAGGACUUAUUGAGAGGGAAUAUUUGGCACGAACACCUGAGGAUCGCAAAGUAUACACUUACGUAGCAUAAAGUGCGUUCAGAAAAUUUGAUUUAUUCUUGGACUAUACUCUUCGCAUGAACUGGGAAGUUCUUUUAAAUCAUUAAUAUUAAGACGACCAUCUCUUCUAUUAAAUUACAAUACAUGUUCUAGACCAUUCAGAUCAAGCCUUUUACUCCUUUUGAGAGUUUUCAACAUCAAUUGAUUGAGCUUCAGGCUUUUCAACGUUAUCCCUGUAGAGAUCAUCCUUACAAUUCUUCGGGAAAAUGUGAAUGUGCCGCGUUUGUUUUCAAUACUGUAUGAAAACAGAAAAAUAAAAACAAAUUUAGAAAAUACAGCUCAUUUAAAAAAAAUAAAAUUGUUGGAAUUUCAUUUCCCCA